AUGGACUGUGUCCAUGUGGACGAAAAGUGGUUCUUCGUCACGCGAGUUCACAAGUCGUAUUAUCUUGCACCCGACGAAGUCCCUCCUCAUCGCACGGUCAAGUCCAAAACGUUCAUCACGAAGGUCAUGUUUCUGUCAGCCGUUGCCCGACCACGUUGGGACCACGACAAAGGUGAGUGGUUCGACGGCCAGAUCGGCACAUGGGAUUUACGGAGCGAGUUCCGGAGUUGCGUGGAAGCCGCAAUAGACCGGCUGGAACCAUGGUCAUCCCCGCUAUCAAAGCGAAAUUGGUCCCAAGGUGAGACCCAAGGGAGUGAUAAUCUAGCAGGACAACGCCAAGCCUCACGUUCCCCAUCGGACCCUCGCAUCGUUGCUGCGUGCACCGGCGGCGGGUGGGCCAUGCAAGUGAGGUUCCAGCCACCCAACUCGCCAGACCUCAACGUGUUGGACCUGGGGUUCUUUCGAGCGUUGCAGACUCUUGAAGAACGGAACUAUUCGCGCAACAUUGACGACAUCAUUGCUGCAACCGAUGAAGCGUGGCAGGAUGUCGACAUGAUGACGUUGAACGCCAACUUUCUCACGUUGCAAUGCUGCAUGCAAGAGGUAAUGUGCGUGGAAGGCGACAACGGUUACAAAAUCCCGCAUAUGAAGAAGGCGAAACUGGCUGCUGUGGGUAUGUUGUCCGAGGUUAUUUGCGUUGAUCGUGACCUGUUUGAUGACGGGUGUCGACUACUCAGUGCUACUGAUAUCGACAAGAAGAUCGACGAAUUGGCACUUGAAGUGGCACAGGCGAUGGACAUGAGCGAAUUCAGCUCGCAAAUGGAGAAACUCUCUGUUGACGGUGAGCUGGAGGAUGACAUUGACUUGGAUCUGGCGCUGCUUCUGGGCAUCAAACACUUGUUGUAA